AUGGCCAACAAGAAGAAAGAUCGCCCUUGCACCUUUGAAAGUCUCAAUCAGCGCCCCCAAAACCCCCUUGACGCUCGAGUGCUGGCCCUGAAACGUAAAGCUCGGGAGCAGACGCUGCAACGGCAUGGUCAAGAGCCUUUGGGGCCACCUCAAGUCCCCGUCAACACCACACCAAUCGCUGAUCCCACUCAAGUACUUGAUGACGACGACAACAAUGACCCAAACGACGAAAUGGAUGAUCACAUGAAUGCACCGCCUCUUGAUCCCUCCAUGGAUCCUCCCGAAGUUGUCCUGGUGGAUGAUGAUGCCAUACAUGCUCUGAAUAGGGGGUGUAGUGCAUUUGCCCCAAAAGUUUCUUUCCAUGGCAAAAGCUCUACCUUCAGCCAAGAAGUUUUGAUGUUGGGCUACGGUUCUAUCCUUUGA